CUGGGCUCCUCCCACUUGAGCUUUAGUCCUGCUCAAACUAACUAAGAAUCAGACACACACUGACAUGGAGAAACACUCUGCAAACUGGACUUUUCUGCUGGUGCUCUGUGGCUUCCUGCCACUGGCGAUUCAAGCUGGCAGACACAUGCCAAAACUCUCCGACAAGAAGCUAUGCGCCGAUUCAGAGUGUAGUCAUCCCAUUCUCAUCGCUAAAGCUCUGCAGGAUUAUUAUCCACAAGACUGUCGCUUCAUUCCUAUCCAGCAGGGCCAGUCUGUCUAUGUGUACGCCAUGCUGAAAGACCGUGGAAACCUUUUCUGGGCUGGUAGUGUUCAAGGGUCGUAUUAUGGAGAGCAGGAGGCUCGCCUGGGUUUCUUCCCCAGCAGUGUUGUUGAAGAGACUCAUGCGUUAAUGCCUGCUGAGGUUGAGGUCAAGACUGAUAAAUGGGACUUCUACUGCUAUUAGGGUCAUGUGUUGCCUCCAGCUG